UUUAAAUUGUAGACAAAAUGCGGGAUAUAUCCUUGUUACCUCAGUACACCACGGUAACAUGCCAGACCAUGUGCCCCGGUGGAUCGUUCUACUCGGCCUGCACGGAGUCCGGGUUGAUCAGUGUCUGGGAGGUUGAUUCCCUUCUCUCCAACUCCUCACCUAAACCUCUUCUAUCCUUUGCAGCACAUGGAGAAGAACCCAUAUACUCUCUUACAAGCACGGAAAAUUUUCUGAUAUCUGGAGGGUUAGGUGAGGUUCGGGGUUGGUGUUGGAAUGGGUUUAAGACUAAGACGGAGAAACCGGCCUGGAGUUUCCAUGUUGGAGCUACUGGCCGUUCAACUCAGAUAAACUGGAUAGAUCUGGACAGACAGGCUGGAUCAUCUGGCCGUGUAUAUGUGGGAUGCAGUGACGGAAACAUAUAUAUUUAUGAUCUGGAGACAAGAAGAUUAGACAAGGUUCUCACCGGACACACACAGUUUGUACACUGUGUAGCCGGGGCGGACGGUAGCGGCGGAGUGAGUCUGAUCAGCGGCGGCGAGGACGGGGACGUAAAGCUCUGGGAUACUAGGAAAUCCAACCCGCUGAUACACUCCUUCUGUCCCUACCUGGAGUCGGAGCUGAACCGUCCUGAGUGUGGACGGUUUAUCUCUACUGUGUGUACUGCUGGAGACUGGUUGGUGUGUGGUGGAGGUCCUGCUGCAUCACUCUGGAACCUAUCUACCAGGAUUAUGAGCAGCAGGUUACCACCAGACCACGGAGCUGUUUUUGCAUCAAACCUUAUAGAAGAUCAAAUAUGUAUUGCUGGACAGAACCCGAUGUUACACACGAGCAAUUUCGGUGGCGAGACAUGUUCUGCGGAGAAAGUGAGCUCUGGAUGUAUCUACAGUAUAGUAGCGCAGGAGGAGAAAGGAAUUAUACUUACUGCUGGAUCCUCAUCAAUCAUAGAUAUCUUCUCAUUGAAGAACCAGGAAAUAAUCAAAUCUUUUUCUAUAAAAUAAUUUCAGA